UUGAGGAAGUGUUUUUUGAUGUUUAAUUCGUAUUUUUUAUGUAUCGUGAGGAUUUUGUGACCGACAAACUGUGAAAGCGUGUAAUAAAAUAUUAUUUUACAAUUAUAUACUAAGUGUAAUGGGAAAUAUGAAGAUGUCAGCUUUUCACCCUCAAAUCCUCGUCACCCUUCUGUCACUGAGCCUAGUAACAGGAGUACCGCAGAAGCCAAAUCUGGACGCUAUCUUGAACCGCCGCACUGACGUCUACAUCGCCGGAUUUUUCCCCUUCGGCAAAGGAGUCGAGAACUCAAAUACUGGUCGAGGCGUGAUGCCGAGCGUGAAACUGGCGCUAGACCACGUCAACGAACACGACUCUGUGCUGAGGAACUACCGGCUGCACAUGUGGUGGAAUGAUACAGAGUGCAAUGCAGCAGUAGGAGUCAAAUCGUUCUUCGAUAUGAUGCACAGCGGACCACACAAGCUCAUGCUAUUUGGAGCUGCCUGCACUCACGUCACUGACCCAAUAGCAAAAGCUUCUAAACAUUGGCAUUUGACACAGUUAUCCUAUGCUGACACACAUCCCAUGUUCACGAAAGAAGCAUUCCCAAACUUCUUUCGCAUCGUACCGUCAGAAAAUGCUUUCAACAUGCCGCGUAUCAGAUUGCUGGAACACUUCAAUUGGACAAGAGUUGGCACGAUCUAUCAGAACGAACCUAGAUAUGCUUUGGCACACAACCGUCUCCUAUCUGAUUUGGACGCUGCUAACUUCAUAGUAGAUGAAUCUCAGAGUUUUGCAACUGAAGUAAAGACGGCACUGUCUAAGCUGAAAGAGAAAGAUAUCAGAAUUAUAUUGGGCAAUUUCAAUGAAACUUGGGCACUGAAGAUAUUCUGUGAAGCGUACAAACUGGAAAUGUACGGCCGCGCCUAUACUUGGCUCCUACUGGGUACUUACAGCAGUAAGUGGUGGACCAGACGAGCUCCGUGUUCACGAAGGGAGCUAAGCGCUGCCCUUGAUACCACCAUCCUAACUGAUCUGCUGCCGCUUUCCACUACCGGCGAAACGACCGUUUCAGGAAUUACUGCAAAAGACUACCAAGUUGAGUAUGAUCGGAGAAGAGGAGUAGAAUAUUCCAGAUUCCAUGGUUAUACAUACGACGGCAUAUGGGCGAUGGCGCUAGCAAUCCAGACAGUAGCGCAUCGUGUGAAGUUAAAGUAUAAAGAGAAGACAGUGCAGGACUUCAGGUAUCGAGAUAAAGAGUGGGAGCAGCUGUUUCUGGACGCGUUGAGCAACGUCACCUUUGAGGGUGUAACUGGUCCAGUACGUUUUUACGACAACGAGCGCAAAGCGUCAAUUCUACUGAAGCAGUUCCAAGGAGAGCAGAUCGGGGAAGUGAAGGUCGGAGAGUAUUGUGCGGAACGGGAUCGACUGGACCUUGGCAGCGGGGACCCAUUCAAGUGGGUUGGAAAGAAUCCUCCAAAAGAUCGCACUCUUCAUCUAAUCGAGCAUACGCAAGUGAACAUCACACUGUACGCGGUGGUCGUGUUUUGCUCCGUGCUUGGCAUCUGUCUUGCUACUGGCUUCUUAGCUAUGAACAUACAUUUUAGGAAUCAGAGAUACAUCAAAAUGUCCUCUCCACACCUCAACAAUUUGAUCAUUGUGGGAUGUAUGCUCACGUACCUCAGUGUUAUCUUCCUCGGCCUUGACUCCAGUCUCAGUAGCAUCGCGGCGUUCCCGUACAUAUGCACCGCUCGCGCUUGGCUAUUGAUGGCUGGUUUCAGUCUGGCAUUUGGCGCGAUGUUCUCAAAGACCUGGCGCGUCCACUCUAUUUUCACAGACGUCAAACUUAAUAAAAAGGUAAUAAAAGAUUACCAGUUGUUCAUGGUGGUGGGUGUGCUGUUGUGCAUCGAUCUGAUCAUCAUGACCACUUGGCAGAUAUCUGAUCCAUUUUACAGGGCCACUAAACAAAUGGAAGCAUACCCUCAUCCCACAAGCGAAGACAUAGUCAUAGUGCAAGAGAACGAGUACUGUCAGUCAGAGAGGAUGCCAAUAUUUAUAGGAGCCAUUUACGCGUACAAAGGUCUUCUUCUGGUAUUCGGAGCAUUUUUGGCAUGGGAGACUCGACACGUAUCAAUCCCCGCUUUAAACGACUCGAAGCACAUCGGCUUGUCCGUUUAUAACGUGCUUAUAAUGUGUAUAAUGGGCGCACCUUGCGCAUUGGUGCUGGCCGAUCAUAAGGAUGUUUUAUUUGUGCUGAUCGCAAUCUUCAUCAUUUUCUGCACAACGGCUACUCUGUGCUUAGUUUUUGUACCAAAGCUGCUGGAACUGCGGCGCAACGGCUCCGGCGGCACGGGCGGUUCCCGCAUCCGCGCCACGCUGCGGCCCGCCGCGCCGCACGACUGCCGCGAGCCCGGGCCCGAGCUCGAGCGCCGCCUCAAGGAGCUGCGCCAGCACAACAACCGCUACCGCCGCACGCUGCAGGCCAAGGACAACGAGCUACAGAUGCUGCUAAGCAAACUGGGAAGUGACGCUAGUUCAGAAUCAUCGGUCAGAGAUUCAAAGUCUCCAGCCACGCAACGGACACGAUUGCCCAUUCCGAGAGAAACCGUCAGUCACCCGGAAACUAGUGAUAUAACGUCAGUGUGCAGCCUCAGCGCAUCAGCUGGCGCUGAAACUGAAUACAUCGGUUUGCAGAAUCAUCACUCAGUGGAAAAGCUAAAGCCAACUGCUCCCCCAGAACCCGUAAAAGAAACACUGAAAGAGCCGCUGAAGGAACCCAGAAAGGAGCAAACCAAGAAUGUUUCCUUCAAGAACCACCUGGACUACACGAGUCCACCUUCUUCGAAAGCUGUGCCUGAGAAGGACCAACUUGCCAAACUGCCUUACGGAUGGUCCUCUGAAGAACCAUCAGAGCCUCCGAAGCCGGUGGAACUAGCUAAAGCAGAAGCUAAGACCAUUCCAGCAAUCAAAACCACUGAAAUUCCCAAGUCGAUGCCAGCUAAAGUGCAAGAACCCAUGUACUCGAAGGCAGCGACUCCUAAAGUAAAUAAGACACCCGAAAUGCAGAAGAAACAGACAAAAGCGAGCGACACGAAGCCGCCGUACAAGACGGCUCCUCGCGGCCACCGGCGCAUGUCGAGUGUCAGCGCCGGGGCCUUGCUGGCGGAGCUCAUGCACGUGCCCGUGGACGAGCACGAGCCGCCCGCGCCCGCUGCGGCGGAGCGGAAGGCCAUAGGUCAGGAACGUGAUCCACCUAAGCCGAAGCAAGAGCUAGAAGAUAUUCUGGAUAUAGACCACGAUUACUCAUCAACGGAAAGGAAAAAAUCAUGUCAAAGAAGAGAUUCGGAGAAGAGGAAAAAGGAGAAUUUCAUUGUUGUACAAAGUGACUUGUGGGACACCAACACAUUCCAAUACACUUGCCAAAAAUCCCCGCCAAGUCACGCCCAUUCCCCCAUGCAGAGGAGUGUUUCGGAGAAGAGUCGUCAACAGUCAUCAUCAUCACCUCACCACCAAAGAGAAUCUGAUAGAACUUCAGACAGAAGAGCUUCUAACACCUCCAUCAACCAUGCUGGUGCAGUGAGAGUUGGCACUCCAGAAGGCUAUCGGGAGUCAGAGACACUUCGUAUGACAGAUCGACUUUCUAAGCGUCGAGGUUCAGAAUUCCCGCAGCCCGUUAGUACACCUCCUCAUCAGAUACAAGCUAAGAGAAGACAGUCUUCUGCUCAGAUAAGAACAUAUCAAGAAGAAAUGGAAGAAAAUGCCGAAAUUGCACAACGAAGGCUCGAAGACCUGCCCAAAAAACUAGUAUAUGAAAAAUCUAUACAGGAAUCCAAAGAAAGCAUAGACAGAAAACCUGAGCCAGAUAUCAUACGGGUUUCUAAAAAACAGGAAUCUCCGAAGAGGGUGGUUCAGGACCCUGAUACAAUAAGGGUUACUAAGGGACAAGAAUCGCCCUCGAAACGGUUAAGGCAAGAAGCAGAACCUUUGAAAAGGGCGAAGGGAGUGGGAGAUUCGCCGAGGUUGACGCAGGCCACUCAGAGCCGGCCUGAUCAUCACAAGAGCAGUCCUAAUGUUGCUUCGAGGCACAAAGUUGUUUCACCAGGCCAGAGAGACGAACGGAAAUCAGCUACAUAUUCCCGAAAGGAUUCCAAACGACAAGAGUCGACAGAAAGAAAGAUGUACACCGCUAGCUCAGAGUCUGAGUUAUUCGAGUGCGCAAUCCUGCCCAUCUUCCACAAGCUCCUGACCGAAAGACACAAGAGUCAGCCGCAUGGACUGAACCUCAGCUACGGGGUCAGCUGCCCAAACAUUUCCAUCAAGUGUGAUAUUGUGGAAUAUUUAUAAGUUUCAAAUGUUUCUACUCGUACCGGUAAUAACAGUGUCUAAUGUUUUUAAGUUGUGGUUUGUUAGGCAAUGGCGGACCCGUGCAGAAACAUUUUAUUUACAAAAUAUUUUCGGUGCCCGCGCCACGUCCGUAAUUUGUCUCUCCGUUUGUGUCUCCGUCACCGGCCACAUAUGCUGUUUGUAUCAUCUCUGCUCCUCUACGUUUAUGAUAGGCGGGGUUAUGCUGUAGCUACUUUAUAGCAUUUAACAAAUCACGGCAACUAGAACGAUCGAUCAGCACGACAUCAUUUCGAGUGUUUGCCAAAAUGUUAUUUUUUUAUCAGAUAACAUUUUAUUGCAGAGUUGCAAAUUUUCAUACUUGUAUUCAUGAAAAAUUUAAAAAAUUUAAAUUUUUGUGGCAAUCAAGCAGCAGUCCUGAUAAAGUUCGAGAAACUGUCUCUCUAAAAUCUCAGAACAAAAUGGACUUAAUUUACCUCGCUUAGCUAUAAUAAUAGUAAAAGUAACGUAAAGAUUCGCGACCUUUGCGUAUAGGUACCAUGCUGAGAAACAUCGCAUGGAUUUAAGUUUUUUUUUUAUAAUUCCUUAAUUUUUUUAAGAGUUAGUAAGCGAUCAAUGAUAGCCAUUAAGUACCCAGACACAAUAUAAUUUUAACAAACAAAUAGAUUCAGCGAGAAUAAGCAUAACGAGUGCAAUUUUGUAUAAUAUUACCUAUUACCUCGCUCACUCCAUUUAUCAUGAAAAAUGUAUAUUGGUGAGCCUAGGCAGUAAGAUUGGCCUUUAAACCGUCACAGUAAAUGGAGGUCUA